CAUGCGCUAAUAAAAUGGGAUCCCUUGUUUUGCGAGGAUCAUAUAAAAAGCAGCGAAAGAGAAAAGAGAGACAUGUUUUAAAUUUCUGGAAUUUUCUUUUCCUUGGUGAGGCUUGGCAGUGAAAAUAGAUUGGGAUGCUUGAAGCCCCUAGGGAAAAGUAAUAUCCUUCUCUGCGAUAAGAGGAAGCCCACCACCUCAGAAAACAGAAAACAGAGUGAGUGAGUGUGUUGUGUAAUAUGGAUAAAAGCUAUCAUCCCUCUAGCAAUACUAGUAUAAGCACAUCCUCUGCUGCCAACCCCAACAACAAUAGCAGGGAUCAAUAUCUUCGCCAUCUCAACAAGCUCUCUCAAAAGAUCUCCAAACCCAUCAUUAAGAAACCCGUCUUUGAUCCUCCUCAGGCCCAAGUCCCAAACAAUCAGGUGCAGCAUCAGCCGCCGGUGUACAACAUCAACAAGAACGACUUCCGUGAUGUGGUUCAGAAACUGACGGGCUCACCUGCGCACGACCGCAUCUCAACGCCGCCUCCCAUUCAGCCACCCAAGCCCCCGAGCUCUCGCCUUCAGAGGAUUCGCCCUCCUCCCCUGCCUCAAAUUACUAACCGCCCACCCCCGCUCCUUAACCCCACCACCCUCCCCCGCCCUCAACAACUCCCUAACGCCGUUACCUUCAACAACAACUUCUCCGUUUUUUCGAGACCCCCCGCGCCGUUAUCUCCUCUGCCGCCGUUCCCCACCGUCCACGCCCCCGCUGAGUCACCUAUCUCCGCCUACAUGCGCGAUCUGCAGACCCUCGUCGAUGCAAACGCCAAGCACUUUACAGGCUUUUCUCCCUUGCCUCCACCGCCUCUGGUUCAACCUCAACCUCAACCUCAGCCUCAGCAAGAACAACAGCCACAGCAGCAGCAAGGGAUGGUUCCGUCGCAAGCGCCGUCGUCGUUUCAGAUGCCGUCUUCGCCUGUGCCGUUUGGGUGUUUGAAUUCGCAGCUGGCGUCCUACCCUCUGCUGUCGCCGGGGCUUCUGUUUUCGCCAACUUCUGGUCAGUUAGGGUUUCCGCAGCUUCCGCUUUCGCCCACUGUGCCGGUUCCUAGCCCUCGCUGGAAGGGAAUUUGAGAGGGGUGAGGUGAGUUUGGUCACAGACAUGUCAAUUUAGCUCAGCUUUUUUUAGGGUUUUUUAAAUUUUGUUGUUGUUGUUGUUGUGUUACCUGUACAUGGUGCUGGUGCUAGGGGGAAUUCAAUUUGCGGUGGUUGGACUCGAAGUGGUCCGCUGCUGCUUAGUUUAAUUCUGUAAAUGGGAUAUCAAAGACAUCAAAAAGGGUACAAUUUUGCAUUGGUUCUUGCCAUGCUGUUUGGGGAUAUGCAAAAACAAAAUUAGAUGUUAUACAAUUAUAGUGGGAUUAUUAUCAUCAUUAUCAUUAUGCUGUUUUCAAUAUAAUCAAAAUCUUUAUUGUCUUCA